CUAACCCGUUUGUAUCUGUAUGGCCUUUUACUACAAUUCACAAUACAUGAAACCGAAUUAGGGAUUGAAAUAGAUUUUGUAACAACCACCAGAGAAUUAGAGAUCCAAGAAUUUAUUCAUAUUUUUAUUUAUUUCUGUUAUCAAUAAUGAAUGAAGAUUAUGAGAUUAAUCAAAAGAAGCAAAGCGCUGCAGAUGUUACGUUUCAGUAUUCCAAUUUUGUAAUGGCGUGUAUUGGGUUUCAAGCCCGGCCUUGUGACAUGAGAUUGCAUUUGAUGAAGGAGAUAUCGGGGAUGCCAACUUCUCUAAAGAGGGAGACAUCCCAAUUAACUGCAUCUCCAGAUGCAAUGGGGGAGACAUCAAGCUCGGGCACUGCACGACUUGACAAAACUGACAGUUUUCGUGCCUUGUAGUUGCAAUCAUUACUUCAUGUAUCAAUUUUUACAGGUUGCUCUUUGUGGGUUUGAAUUAAAGACUAUUUAUAUAUCUGUAUAGUGAAUUUUUGUUUUCUUUGUUGAGAGUUGUUAUCUACUGAUGGGUUCUCUUUGCCUGUAUAUUUUUAAUAUUAAUAUGCACUAUAAGGUUGUAUUA